AUGAGCGCUGAAGCCGUUCGAAUCGGCGUGCGAUUGCGGCCUCUCGUUGCACAUGAGGCUGCACAAGCUGCCCACCCUUGCCUCAAGGUUCGUGAAAAUGCCGUCAUCGUCGACGCGGAUGGGGGCGGAGGCAAAGCUGCUCCGAAGGAGUUUGCAUUCGAUUAUGUCAUGGAUAGCACCGACCCCAAGGCCAAGUCGUUUGUCGGCCAGGAGAAGUGUUAUCAGCUCAUGGCUGGAAAGAUGAUUGAGCAUGCUUUCAAUGGAUACAGCACCUGCUUGUUUUGCUAUGGUCAAACCGGUACUGGCAAAACCUUCACUAUCAUGGGCAACGCAAAGCCAAAAUCCGAGCAAGGCCUGUUGUUACGUUUCAUGUCUGAUAUGUACCAGCAAGUGGACACGCUGCUUGAAAGGCAAGGAUGCGAGAUUCAGUGCCGCGUGCAGAUUGUGGAGGUUUAUAACGAAAAGGUUAGAGACCUUCUCAACGAAAGCAGCUCUCCCAAUCCUGAAGUUCACGUGCAUCCGAAGCUCGGGGUGUAUCUGAAACAUGCGUUGGAUCUCCCGGCCAACUCACUGGAAUCAUGCCUCGCGCUUAUUGACGAGGCGAGAGGGCGGCAAAGCUUCGCAGCAACUGCCAUGAACGCGCAAUCAUCGCGUGGGCAUACAGUCUACAAGCUGAGUUUGGAAAAGCAUGGUGGCAGCGACAACACCGUGAUGACCUCGGAGGUCUACUUCGUAGAUCUCGCAGGCAGAGAGAAUGAACGCACAACCAAAGUAAAGGGGGAUCGCCUCGUUGAGUUGAGCUUCAUCAAUCGAAGCCUGAUGUGGCUUUCUCAGUGCAUCCAUGCACUGGGUAGCCCCGAGCCCUCCAGGCGACGACACUCAGUAGGUGAGCUCGACCAGCCUAGUCAGCCGAGUGUGAAGGAGAAGGUGAAUGGCAAUGCUAUUACUGGGCGUCGACAAAGCCUUCUUGACAAGAAGGUGAAGGGAGACAGGCGUCCCACGGAUGCAAGUCGUGAGCGUGGCAGCACCAUCUCUGAAGAUUCUGACGCCACGCCACAUCACAGGAAGGCAGCCAACGCCAAGGGUGUUGACGUUACCAUGGCGCGAUUCCGCAACUCAAAGUUGACGUUGCUUCUUGCCAACGCGCUGAGUGGCAACUCCAAGACUUCCGUCAUUUGCACGCUGAGCCCAGCCAAGCAGAGUGUGGAUGAAAGUCUGACUACCCUCAACUUUGCAACCAGCCUGAAGCACGUGAAGGUUGAGGCUCGGGCUGCAACCUUCGUUGACAAGGAUGCGCUGAUCAGCGGCCUGCAGACAGAGGUCCAGGCGCUUCGUGACCGCUUGUCGUCUGACGGCGCAACUGCUUUGGAGGAGCUCAAGAGUGAGCUGGAGGUUGCAAACGGAAUGCUUCAGAAGUACCGUGAAUCUUGGCAAGAGAAGAUUGAAGAGAACGAGAAGCUGCGAGAGCAGCGAAACAACGCCUUGCGCAAGCUGGGGGUAGCUCGCUUCCGCAUGGCAGUGAGGUCUCCAAGAUCUCCAAAAGAUGGUGAGCCAAAAUCACGGCAGUCAAGCAAGAGCCCGCGGAGCCCCGAGCUGCCGGAGUGUCCCUACCUGGCAAGCUAUUCUGACGAUCCUCAUGCGAAUGGUCGCUUCAUCUUUGCCUUGCCGGAAACAGGCUUCGAGUACUGCAUGGGCUAUGCAUCGGACUGUCAUUUCAUCCUGCCACGCAGAGCCGGAAUCGCUCAAAGGUGUUGCUCUGUAUGGCUGGAUGAGGGAGGGCUCUUUAUUCGUCCGGUAUGUGCUGACUCGACACCCGUAACCACUGUGGAGAUAAACCAUGUGAAGCUGGCGAGGGAGGAGCCGAGAGAGCUGCGACAUGGCGAUCUUCUCGUGCUCGGCAGCUCACUAUGCUUCCUCGUGAACAGCGGUGCUACCCCGCCAGGAAAUCCAGGAAAUCUGCAUGAGAAGUUACCCACCUGGUGGGGUCUUGGCUCUCAGGAUCGCGCGCGGAUCAUGCAGCAAAUCCUCCCCGAGCACCAGAAAGGCCACUUGGAGGUGGCCUUGCAGUACAUGUCUUGCUUGCAGGGCCAGAACCUGGAUAGCCGAAGCUUCCAACGUUUGGACAAGUUCCUCAUCUCGGCAAAGCGCGCUGCAGCACUCGUUGUCGAGGCCAACGCAUUGACUGACACCCUCAAGCCCUUGUCAAACCUCAAUCUGGAGCUCUCCUCCAUGGCCCCAGUGAUGAUGUACGGAUAUGGAGACAACUCGGCCGUUCCUGAUCUUUGUGUCCGCUUGGUCAGGCAGACAGAGAAGCAGGAGGCUGAGCUCCUGUCAAUCUGGACCAUGGGACAAUUCGAGGCGCGGCUGCAGAUCAUGAGGGAGAUGCAUGAGAAGCGGCUGCACCGGCCUGACAGCUUCGCCCUGGAUGCCAGGCUCGAUCCGUGGGCGGACUCUUCAAUGCCGUUGAGGGCGCAAGGUAGUCCGGAAUCUCGACCCAGCACAUCGCCAAGGAAUCAUGGCAGAGAGACCUCCAGCCUGCACCAGGACGCAGAGAGACUUGUCCUAAAGAUGGACAACCUCCUCGCCCAGAGCCAGAGCCAGGCCAGCACUCCUGCAGGAAAUGAAUCGACGAAGAGCGGCGGACGGGAAGGCUCGGAAACAAAGGCUCAGUCCGGACACCCCCCGCCACCACGCAAAGCCCGCAGCGACGACAACAUCGACUCUUCGAAGAUGAGGCUAAGAGCGGCAAUGGCAGUACCAUCUCCGACAGGUGACUCACCGGGGCCCAAGCAUCGCAGCCGUUCCCUUGGUCAGCGGACGGAGUUCGACGGCUCGGAGAAGGGCAUUCAAUCCAUGGACGCGUUUGCCGAUGCGUCGACGAGUUUCUCGUCAUCCGCAGGCCACUUGACUGCAGACUUUGGCAGUGGCUCGCCAGCCUUCUUCGCAGAGGUCGAGUCGGCGUCUCCCGGUCUUGCUUGGGACCACCAGAUGGGUGGGCCAAAGACCAGACCCAAUUUUGGGAUCCUGUCCACCGGCUCGCCUCGCGGGCACAAUGGGCACAACGUUGACUUCAGUAACGCCCCGGGAGUCUGCACAGCACCUACACCUGGCCUCAAAUCGCGUUCUUUCGGCACUGUCACUCCGAGAACGGAUGAGCGCUGGGGCUGGAGCUCCGUGCCAGUUUCAGCUCCAGAUCUAUCCGAGUUUGCCAUGGGAUACCAGGCCUCGAUGCCCAGUACCCCUGGGUAUCCCGGAAGCCUUGCCAGUGCUGUCCAAGAAACACAGGACGGCUCUGCAAUGUCUUCCCCGCGGAAUCCCUUCGCGAACCCCGACAUGUUCGUUCAGCCACACAAUCGUUGGACACUACCAGCUCGGCGCCGGCGGCCUGCUGUGCUUACAGUCCAAGGACCGCUAGUUUUUCCAGCAGAGCUGCCUGAAGGCGGGAGAUCCGCUUGGCAUGCUUCAUCGUGGCAUGCUGGCAGUCACGUCGUUGAGACCAGCGCUGGUCUGCUGAUGGGCUAA